GGGAGACGUAAAAUAUGAUGCGCGUGCGCACUGUGACCCAGACACGAUGUUCCACGCCGCGAGUUGGACGUGCGCGCUCAUCGUCCUCGCCAGCGCGCGCGUCUACGAGCGCUGCGAACUCGCACGCGAACUGCUCUCGCUGGGCGUACAACGCGAAGACGUUUCCACGUGGGUCUGUAUCGCUUAUCACGAGUCCCGCCUCGAUACAUCUGCUCGCAACUACGGCAGCGGCGACCACGGCCUGUUACAAAUUAGUGAGCUGUACUGGUGCGGCCCCGGCAAAGCAUGCGGCCUCCCAUGCAGCGAUCUGCGAAACGCAGACAUAGCAGACGAUGUGCAGUGCGCACUCCAAAUCCGCGAAGAACACGACAGACUCCAGGGCGAUGGCUUCUUGGCUUGGGUUGUUUACUCACAGCAUUGUAAACACAACACUAAGAAAUACAUCGUUGACUGCGAUAGUCAAAUGAAAAAUGUUCCAGUAAAAACCACUAGCAAAUCACGUCAUUUAGACAUACAUAACUCCACGAGAUUCGAGUACAAUCCAAAUAUCGACAAUUUAAAACCACCUUAUUUAGUAGCUAUUAAUUCAAUAUUUCGUGGACAGUUUGGCAAAGUGUUACAAGAAACUGGUCAGAAAAGUGCUCGAAACAAUUGGUUAAAUUACAAAGUGGAUAACAUUGACGAUUUAAGAUUACCCAUGUUUAAUAUUGAUAAAAACAAUGAAGUAGUGCAAUUAGCUUUAACGUCUCCUCACCCCACCUCUAGUCAAACCAGUGCACCGACUACUGAAAGACCUUGGAAAAGAAAAUACAUUGAAACAAAACAAUUCCGAAAAAGAAUUUUUACCCAAGAGAAACAGCCAACAAAUGAAGAAGAAAUCGAUAAAUCUUCCCCGAGUUACAUCAAUGACGUCGCUCCAAAAUUUAUAUAUAAUAAAUAUUCGCAAAUAAUAACAACGACGAGUAAACCAGCGAAUGUGGUAACUGCCACCAGUAGAUUUACAAAGCCUGUUACUACUAGUAGUAGAACUCUACAAACUGUUACUUCUACUAGUAAACGUGCACUAACUAUUAUUGCUACUAAUAAACCUGCAAUCAUCUCAACUAGCACUAGUGAACCAGCAAAAAUCGUAACAAGCACUUAUAAGCCUGCCAUAAAUGUAACUGCAACUAGUGUUCCAGCAAAAAUGGAAACUACCACUAGUAAGAUUGUAAAAGUUGUAACUCCCGUGAAAAACUUCGUACCAUUCACUAGUAGUGCAAGUAAACAUUGGACGUUUAGUACAAGACCAUCGUCAUUCUCUAAAGCUUCACAAACAUACAAAUAUACGCCAGACUCGACAUCGAGACCCAUAACAACAGUAUUUUCAAGAUUCACCAACACAAGACCAACGACCACUAAAAAUUCAAAAACAGUUUUAACAACAACCGUGAAGCCUCCGACAUUUAUUUUCAGAUCAUACAACCAGAUGACUUUAAAGCCAAUUAUAUCGAAUAAAUACACUUUCCUCGCGACUACAACAAAGAGUAAUAGAGACAGAGAGCCCAGAGCUUUCAGUGAUUUUAAGACACUCUCAACGAUUACUACGAGAAAACUUUCUACAGUAGCAACAGCGACGGAAAAUUACAGGAAAGCAAUAACGCAACGUCCUGUGACCACAAAAGCAACUCAAUCCAUAUUCGACUUGUACUUGAAUCCGACAAAGGCUCCCCAACUGCGUACUUACAAGUUUCCUCAAUUCGACAAUGGCGUUCACAAGCUAAAAAUAUUUUCUGACGGCACAACUACCCCAGCCCCAAAACUUUAUUCAAACACACGCAAUUACGUAAGGCGACAAACGUAGACGUUAACAACGCAAAUAAUUUAAGAAUGUCGUAACAAAGUAUAUGUAUGUACCGAUAUAUUUUUAAGUUUUUCACAAACAAAAACUAUGCGAAUAUUUAGGAAUCAAUAUAUUUCGUAAUAUUCUUAUUAAAUAUUGGAAUAAAUUAGAAUUUUAAAUUGUAAAAAGGAAAGGUUAUCGGACUCAUUAAUUUGGUCUCAGUUCCUUUUUUACAUGGAAAUAAAAUUAUGCAUUUAUUUGUAUUACUCAAUUCCUAAUAAUAUUAAAUGCUAUUGUAUAAGAAACGCG